AUGUCAAGGACAAAGCAAACCGCAUCCAAAGCACUUGGAGGAAAGGCACCAAGGAAGGGUGUGUCCAUAAAGUCCAUCCCAUCUUCUGGAUCUUCAUCUGUUAUGGCCAAAAGAACAAGGUUUAAGGCUGGGGCCCUCGCCCUGAAAGAAAUAAGGAAGUACCAGAAGAGUACCGAUCUGUUGAUAAGAAAGAGGCCGUUUCAAAGGAUGGUUAGGGAGUUAUGUAAAGGAGGAGAGGGCAUGAGAUUCCAAGCCUCUGCAAUUGUUGCCUUCCAGGAAGCUGUUGAGAAUUUCUUGACGAACCUUAUGGAAGAUGCUUAUAGAUGUGUUCUUCACGCCAAGAGGGUAACUCUAAUGCCAAAGGAUAUAUGUCUUGUGUAUAAGAUAAAGUAUGCAAACAUUUUGUAUGCAGCCCUUGAUUGA